CGUGUUCACUGAGGAGGGUGGGACAAGGGAAGAAGAAGAGAAGAAGAAAUUCAGGCACGUUUGGACUAAGUGAACAAUUAAAGGAGAAUAAAACAGGAGAGGAAAGAAUAGAGAAAGUGAUUCCUAAGAUUUGAACCUGUGAUCAGUGUGCAGUAUGUUCCUCCUGCUCCUCCUGUCCCUGUGUGCUCUCCUCCUGGAGGGGCACGCUCAGGACAGAGCCGCCCUGUGGAGAGGAAACGACCGAGCUGGGCGCUGUCAGUACACCUUCACCGUGCAGAGCCCCACAGAGGCCAGCUGCCCACAAGCCGGGGGCCCCGAGCUCGAGGGCCUGAAGGCCAGACUCAGCCUGCUGGAGGUGCUGGUGUCCCGGCUGAGUGGGGGGGACGCUGGGGGUCACCAGGGGGCCGGAUCCAGAGGUCAGCCUGAGCUGCGGGACGCUCUGAGCAAGGCGGUGGGGGAGAGGAACCUGCUGCAGGGGGAGAAGGAGCGUCUGGAACAGGAGCUGCAGGGUCUGCAGAGGAGGAUGGAGGAGAUGAGGAGGGAGACCGAGAGGCUGAGGAGCAGACCCUGCCCCCUACACACCCCCAUAGUGCCACCAAGCCCCCCUGUGCAGGGCGGAGGCCUGCUGAGACCUGCUGCGGGUUCCAGCUCCAUGUCUCACCUGGUGUCCAGGCCCAACAGACAGGGGGACAGCAGCAGUCUCAGAGACUCAACGUGGCAGAUUGGAUCUCAAGGUUUCCAGGAGCUGAAGGCCGAGGUGACGGAGGUUCCUGCUCCGGUCGGCUCGGAGGACUUAACAGGUUGUGGGGAUUUGAUUUCAGUUGGUGAGCCCGUCACUCACAGGAAGGCCGACAACAUUGAAGGUAAAUAUGGAGUUUGGAUGCAGGAUCCUGAGGCCGUCUCCCCUUAUGGACCCGACAUGAUCUGGCGUAUUGAUACGGUCGGCUCCGAUAUCAGGAAGCUGUUUGGAUAUGACGACAUGGUGCAACUCAGUAAAGGCUUCCCAUCCAAGGUGCUGCUGUUGCCGGAGCAGGUGGAGAGCACCGGAUCCACUAUGUACCGAGGCUCUCUCUACUAUCAGAGACGUCGUAGCCGCACUCUCAUCCGUUACGACCUGGCCUCCGAGAGCACAGCGGCACGGCGGGACCUCCCCCACGCCGGCUUCCAUGGCCAGUUCCCUUACUCCUGGGGGGGCUACACAGACAUUGACCUGUCUGUAGAUGAGCGGGGGUUAUGGGCUGUCUACUCCACCAACAAAGCCAAAGGAGCCAUUGUGAUCUCACAGCUGGACCCCCACAGUCUGGAGGUGAAGAGGAGCUGGGAGACCCAAAUCAGGAAGAACUCGGUGGCCAACUCCUUCAUUAUCUGUGGAAAGCUGUACACGGUGGCAAGCUACACGGCGGCCAACACCAUGAUCAACUACAUGUACGACACGGAAACCAGCCAGGGGAAGCCUGUGUCCAUCUCCUUGAAGAACAAAUACAACUACAACAGCAUGAUCGACUACAACCGGGCUCAGAGGAAACUCUUCGCCUGGGACAACUUCCACAUAGUGUCCUAUGACAUCAGGCUCAGCCGCCAGCAGGCGAACUAACCCGGCCAUACGGGACUGACGGCGGGAAGUGGUAUGCGCUCACUUGUUCCUGCUUCAGAGACUCAGAGCUUUAGAGCAUGUGUGGUAGAAGUUUAAAGCUAACACCAUCAGUAUCAACACUUAGAAGAGCGAGGACUGAACCACCAAACUCCAGAGUGAAAUAAAGACGUUUAAGGAACAGCGCCCCCUGCAGGUCUGCUUUUCUGUCUUCAGUGGCGAGGUCCACAGAGAUGAUUUUCAGAGGAAUUAUUUUUGUACCGCCUUUAUUCAGAUGUAUGAUUUUGUUCUGUUGUUAAAGCUAUAUAUAUAUAUAUAUUUUUGAAGUCUGAAAGUUGGAGCGUGGUCUGAUUUGAUAAGCUAUAGGUGGGAUAAGCAUGAAUACAGUUUAGAACACAAACUCCUGAGGUAUGACACACAUGCUUUGUUUCACCAGCAAGCAUCUCCUGCUUAAUCAAAUACUCUUACUCAGCAUGUACUGAGUUCUGCAUGUUCUUACACUGUAGUCAAGAUCGAAAUGUAAUGCUCAAAACUGUCAUUUAAUAAAGUUAAAUAACAACAA